UUGUAAAAUAUUCAAAUGAUUUGAAGGAAAAUUCUUUGUACUAACAAAAAAUCGGAAAAUUCUAUGCUACAAUAAUACAGCUCGAACAUACCGAUAGCGCGCCUAGCAGAAAAAAGGUAGAAAUGUUUCCCGCCAAAAUUAGCUAAAGCAUUUCGCGCUAAAAUGAAAUAGUGCACACGAAUAUCAUUUCUCUACCGACGUUGAAUGUAUGCAUGCCAAGCAAUUCACUGCAAAUAGGAAAAGUUUCCAGAAUGAAAUCAAUUGAGAAAUCGAGAACGCUGCUCCCAGUCUAAAUAUUGAGAUUUCAGGAAGUUCUCAACGUCAAUGGGCAAAAUCGUUUAUUGGAAAAUAUUUGUUACUCGCAAUAUAAUUCGAAGCAAAUACAGAGGGUUCAUCGAACGGCAGCGCAAAUUACAGUUUGAGAAGUUGCACGAAAAGACUAUUUCUCUUGGGAAAAUUGCCCAAAAGAAACAAAAAGGAAGGAGGAAGUGAAGAAGUCAAUUCCUGAGGUUAUUUUGCGACAUGCUUGUGUUGAGGGAUCUCAUUUUACUGGGAAUUUAUGAUGGAGUUCUGCACACGUGUGAAAACAGCAAAUUUUCAUGAGCCGUGGACAGAGACUCCUUGGCACCCCUCCUAGAAUUUCUUUUGGAAAUUCAGAGAGGCAGAAAGAGAGAGAGCCAGCACGCGCACAAAAAUAGCGCGAAAGUAGGUUGAAUUCCGAUGUUUGGUGCACUCGAUCCUGCGGAGACGGAAGGAGUCACACGAAGGCGCACGCGAAUCCUGAAUCCAGAGUCAGUUGGUCGUGGUGAGCGGAAGUGAUUGGUUCGAUGGGAAAAUGUCGGGCAGCAAGUGAUGAGUGAGCUGAAGACGCCCUUGAGGCGAGAAAUUUUUUCCAAAACUGCUACAAGUCGUACAUUGAAGCCCGAUACCUCAAGGAUAUUCCACAAUGCCACCAGGAGACGCCAAGAGAGCCCUCUCGAGUCUUCAUCGGAAGACGAUGCAGAAGAAGAGACAUCACAUAAGAGCAUACGCAAGAAGAAGGAUCCCUCAGCUGUGACUUUAUUUUGCACGGGAUUUUCAGAUUCAACUUGUCAGUGUAAUAAUCUCGAGACACUUCCAGUUCGAACAAGACAAUCUGGGGAACCCAGACGUUGCAUUUCAACAGAGAGACUCAAUGAGCUCAGAAAACGCGCCCAGGAAGCUCAAAAGAACCAUCGAGUUUUUACAAUCAGAGGUUGUUUUUACACAGUGAGGAAAGCUCUUUUGCAGCGAGGAUGGGUAGAAAAAUUAGAUGUCCAUAGACGUGCUUCUAUGCCUUGUAAUUUCACCAUUGAGGAAAUGCUCCAUCAACUUCCCUCCCGUAGAGCAGGAGAAUCUAGGAGACAGUAUCUAAUCAAAUGUGAGAGAAACAUACUGUCGCGCUUCCUGGAAUACACCCCUGUAGAUUUCCUCUGGACAGCUAGGAAGGAGAAGGCUGAUUGGAUUGAUAUGGCAAGGAAUCCAUCUUUGCUCAUAAAUAAAUUCCAUAAAGUUCCCUUCACAACCAAAGAGGGACUCUGUUCAAGCCUUAGAGACUUCCACUGGUUUUAUGAAGAUGGAAUUGCAGAGACCUAUUAUCCUAGAUGUUUCAAUGUGUGGAGUCCUGAUGAACUCAAUGAUUUUAUUGACGAUUUUCGUCUUACUGCCUGUAUGGGACUACUCAAGUGGCUAGUUCAGACAUUCAGAACUCAAAGCCUGGACGGUGUGGCUUCUUCUACAGGUACAGUGCCCAUAACAUGUGUCCACUUUGCCGUAAAAAGAUGCAGAGAAUUUGUGGACUUUUGCCAACAUCGCGACAUUGACUGUCCAGAUGAGAAUCUAAAAAUCUGGGAGCAUGACUGGGAUGUCUUUCUAACUCAUCACUAUCUCCUCACUCACGAAAAUGCCAAACUUCUUAACGUAGACGAAGAUCCCGUUGAAUCCUAUAUAAAUCUUGUAGAGAAGCUUCUUAGAGAUGUUGAGAUUUUCUGGCCACAAUUUCAUGCUGAUGGAUUCCUCAACAUUUGGAUUGUAAAACCAGGAAAUCGCUGUCGCGGUCGAGGAAUACUUUUGAUGAACAAUAUCAAAAAAAUUAUACAAUUGGUCAACCCUCCAACAAUCACCAAAACUCGCUACGUUGUGCAAAAGUACAUGGAACGACCCCUAACCAUCCACAACACGAAAUUCGACAUCAGGCAGUGGUUUCUCAUCACAAGCGUUCAACCUUUGGUAAUAUGGAUGUACAAGGAGAGCUAUCUGCGUUUCAGUUCUCAGGAAUACAAUCUUCUGAACUACCACGAAUCUGUUCAUCUUACAAAUCAUGCUAUUCAGAAGAAAUAUGUCAAUGGACAGAGGGAUGAUAGACUUCCGGCAGAAAAUAUGUGGGAUUGCCAUACUUUUCAAGCUUACCUGAGAAUGAUUGGAAAACUCGAGCUAUGGGCAGAGAGGAUCUAUCCAGGUAUGCAGAGAGCCAUUAUUGGAUCAAUGCUCGCUUCUCAGGACAAUAUGGACAGAAGACCAAAUACAUUUGAGCUUUUCGGAGCUGAUUUCAUGGUGUCUGAAGAUUUCUAUCCUUGGCUCAUUGAAAUUAAUUCCUCUCCUGAUCUGGGAUCAACAACAAGCGUAACAGCUCGACUGUGUCCUCAAUGCCUGGAGGACACAGUCAAAGUGGUUAUUGAUCGUCGAAAUGAUCCUAAAGCAGAUACUGGCGGAUUCGAACUCAUCUAUCGGCAGAGCAUACCUCCAGCUCCGGCUUACAUGGGCCUAAAUCUGUUUCUAAAGGGACAGCAACUUCUGACAAAGAGCACUUCCACCAGGCGAUCUCAAGACACGAAAUAUCGUGAAGAUCUGCGAAUAAUCUCACGUCCUGUUCCCAGAACAGCCGCUACCCAUCAGAACUCUUCUGGAAAUCCAGGAAUUACUACCACUCAAGGCCCUUACAUCAUGGACCUCAUGGAUUGCUUGAAUCUUAAACCUAAUCAAGUCUCCCCUAAGACUAGAAAAACUUCCCCUUCAACUAUUCUCAGAAAAGUUGUCAAUAAAACAAGCAGAGGAACUCAGUCAUCCAACACUAGAAUUACCAAUAGCUCCAGGAAAAAUGAACAAAAACCAACCCCCAAAGUUGAUUCUCAGCGACGUCAUGCAAGCUGUGGCCCUAGAAUUGUUGUGGUACAGGAAGAACCUCCACCUUCAGAGGAAAAGAAAGUUUCCCAGAAGGAAAUAACAUGCAUAGGAAACAGAUACUGUCCAGAAAAACUUGAAUCCACUUCGACUCCUACUUCAUCCCGUACAAAUCAACCCAUUCAGGAGAGCAUGAUAUUCAAAUCAAAAAGUGCCAGUAACAUUUUCUGCAAACUCAGAAACUCUACAUCUGUAAACCAGAGGAGCUCCUUAUCUCCAUAUCGUAGUCUCACCAAAAGUUCAACGAUUGGAACAUCUGGAAGACGAGAUGAUGAUCACUAUUGCUCCCAUUUUUUCGCAGUGGGGCUCAGUUUGCGUGCCUGGAGAGCAAAAUACAACAAAAUCUUGAAUUCCCAGAAGGAAAAUCUGCCCACGCCUCUCAUAAAGAGUUGCAGCCCAAAGCCCCAGGCGCCAGCAAAAAUCAAUCAGAAAUUAUGAUGAAAUCACUAAACGAAACACAUAAUUGCAGCCCUGGCCGAUAAACAAGGAGUUCUGGACGACAUGGAAAGUAAUUGGUCAAUUUUCUUCAAG